AUGCGAAUCUCUCGUACGUUUGCGCUAGCCAUCCUAUGUGUCUACCUUCGUGAUAUUUAUGUCGCCACUUUAUCUCAAAGUAGCGGUUGGUUUGCGCGCGAUAAGAGAUACCUGGUGUAUCCGCCGCCCGGAAACAAUACUCCUACGAAAGUUCAGUUAAUCCUCGGCCUCGGUUUACCCAUGGAAGUUGACGUCAGCAUGAUUAUCGGCUACGUGAUGAAAUUUAAUUACGUCCUGCCCUUUAACGCCUCGUACUUGACGGAUCCAUACGUCCGCUAUGACAGAUCGAUCAACCGCCAUGUCGAGCCUGAUGGAAAUGACGCCUCUUCACCAAAUGCGAAAGCGAUGAUAUCCAGAUGGGAAUGUUACGAAAUCCUCGAAUCGGUCUUCGAAACCACACGUUCGGGGAAAGCCUGUCUUUUGAAAACUAUUUGCGAAGCCGCAGCAGUGCCUUUUAGACGGAGCGAUACUUUGACUGCACAGCUCGCCCAUAUUUUCUUCACGCCUUCUACUACACCUGAAUCAUUCAGUAAUGCCUUCGAUCAAGAAUAUCGUGCCGCCGAAAUCGCAGGUCAACAAGAUUCCAACAGCUGUGACAAUUUAUUUCCGGAAUGCACGGAAAGCCUUUUAGAUUAUUUUACUGAAAUAUUAGAAUAA